GAAAGCCUAACGAUAAUGUUAAUGUUGAUUAUUGUUAUGAUCAUGGAAUCGGAAUUAAAAUGGAAUAUAAUGUGUUUGAGAUUGAUAGCAAUAGGGGUGAAGUUGCAACCAGAAUAAGUACUUAUCAAG